UUAGUGAAGGAGGACACAUACUACUCUUUGCAGGCUGUGUUUGGAGUUUGUUCAUGGCGAAAGCAGCAUCCUGUUCGACUGGAUGAUCUCCUGAUGGAACCUCCUUCGUAUGAGGAGGCUAAUCUCCACGCCCCUGCUGUGGGCACACGUGCAUUUGACACCCUUCCUCCCCCCCCCUAUGACACCUCCAUCCCAGUACCCACAACACCUCCUCCCACCUACGGAGAAGCAGUUACAGUCCAGCCAGAUCCUUUUCCUGUCCUGACUCCACCCAGGGUGCCAACGGAUGUGACGUCCCCUUCACAAAACAAUGGAAUGGUCCAUCCAGUUACACAAAUUGGAACAACACCGUCUGUCAGUGUCAUACGAACUCAGCCAGUAGCAGCGACCCAGCCGCUGCCUGUUGCAGUCGCACCAAUGUAUCUGACAGACUCCCCUGGUUUGGUCCGCUGCCCACACUGCAACCACGUUGUCACCUCUGAUGUCAAAUACCUGCCUGGGAAGGCAGCCUGGUGCAUGUGUUUUCUUCUCGCAGCGAUGGGGUUGAUCUGUGGUUUCUGUCUGAUUCCUUUCGCGGUACGUGGCCUACAAGAUGCACAUCAUUCCUGCCCAAACUGUAGAAACCAUCUGCACGUUUACACAAGAUGACACUGUCGGGAUUAAUAUGGCUCCAGUUCUCCUCAGUCCAACUCUCAUAACACUCAUAACAUAUCUUCGUCACAAUAUGGAUAAAUAAACUGUGUGUCAUUAUCUAACAAUGACAGCCAGCCCAGUCACCAAGUUGAAAUGUUGACAGCUAACAUUUCCACAAAUCCACGCAUAUGUUCACAUUUGUAGGGGUCAUACGCUACAUGUCACUAAAUGUUUACAUUUGUAAGUGUGAAACCACCAGACGUCCUUCAGGAGACUGUGGAACAAUUCCUAGAAGUGUUUGUGGCAACAAAAAAAUAGCAAGACAAGAUUUUUGCACUUUUAACCUUUUUUAAAAAUGUAUUACAGGGGUUUUAAUUAAAAAUGAAUCAGGGAGAGAAUGCCAGAUACUUCUGUACAUGUGCAUACAGCACCAUAUAGGAUGUGUUAAGUUAUCAGUUCAGACAGAAGACUAAACAAUGGACGUUUGUGAGAACAAGAUGAUGUCCAGGACAUGGUUCUAUUUGUUUUUUCAUCCAUGUUUGUGAUAUUUUCGGCAUUUAAAUACUAAAGGAACACAAUCCUCAUUAUUAUUCUUUUUGUAAUAGUGAUACAGCCAACACUCAUGUUUACUUUAAUGAUGAAGGGGAAAACUUGUCCAGGCUUGAAUGCCAGAUUUUACUGCCUUUGUCAAAGCAAACAAAGCCUGCUGGAAAACACACUGACUGGACAAGCUGUAAUUUGUAUUAUUUUCAAUAUCCGAGUUAAAUCCACACAGAUGUCUUUAAUCAUUUUGAUGUAUGAGACCUUUUCUGAGGACUGUGUGGUUGUGUACAGACUGCUCUCCCUCACUGUCCAGUUAGCUGUGUUUCAUCUGUAGGUUAUUCACCUGAGUACAUGAGCACCGUGUGGGUUUGCAGGGCGAUUAACAAAAACCUCAGCAAAAGUGUUUACACAAGUUGGAUUUACCUACAUUGGAGACAAACUAGCUCAUAAUCUGAAUUAUCAUCAAUUGAAAAAACACACAGUUGUGUCUCACAAUCUGUGAUUCUGACUAUUUAAACGUGCCGCCUCAAAUGUUUCUUGUAUACUAUGAAUUACAAUGAUGCAUAUUUUAUAGCAAAACGUUAUAGCAAAAAAGACAGUUACUAAGAAGUUGCCAACUUCUUUAUACGUUGUAUCUAGUUUCAAAUCUUUAAUACUUCAUUUUCUAUUAUUUUCUGGACUAUUCCACCAGAAGCCUUUGUAGACAGAUGAAAGCAGAUACCAAGUGUAUACAGUGUAUAGCUCCUUUUGAUUUAGCUGAACUGACUGGAUUCGUGUAAAUAUCGAUGUAUGGUAUUGAUUUUCUCAUUUACCCCUCCUCAAGAAAGCAAAUGUGUGUAUGCAUUUCUCGAAAUGCUGAAGUAGUUAUAUACUAUACUGUGAUGCAGACCUGCUGUGAAUACCAUGUAGAUAAUAGGGUGGAGGUUGUUGUUGACGGAUAUGUGCAGUGCCUAUGGACUUCCACACAAUGACUGACUAAUGACACUUGCUUUACCUGUCGUUGUUGUGACCACUCUCUGCAAAGUUGACCUCAACUUACUUUGUUUUAAUCAAAAUGUUGUCAUAUCAUUAUUUAUCAUUCUAUCAUGUUGAUAGGGAAAUAAAAUGGUCUUUGCAAAAACUGUGAAGCGCCUUAUUUUUUUCAUUUAAUUCUGUGCAAGGGGCUGAUUUGCAUAAGAACACGCAUAUGUUGAGUGUUUGGUCAGUGUGUGUGUGUGUGUGUGUGCUUUUGUGCUUGCAUUUUGACCUUGUUGAGGCUAACUGUGUUAGGCAAAGGGCAUUAAGAUAUUAGAGAUUUACUUGAUAUGACCAGCAGCCAAUAGCAGAUUUACAGCACCGCUCAAUAGAAAGUUAAUCAGCUACAGACUGCUGGGCCUCGUUGGCAGAUAACAAAAGCAUUCACAACUUCAAGCUCAGCACUGAUACACACACGCGCAUACACACACACACACACACAUAUAUAUAUAAACCAGCCCUUUCUCUCAACACU